GACAAGGUAAUGGCUUAUUUCCCUCCAGCACCCAGCAGUAGCACAGUAUCCAUGAGCCACAUAUAGCACUUCAGCCACUUUGGCUUCCUUCCUGGACUUACAGAGACUGAAUCCACUGCUACUUGCACAGGCAAUGGUUAUCCUCCACAGCGGCUGCUCUUAUUGCACCUCAGCAUAGAGCGACACUUUCUCAUCUUUAUUUUUUUUUUCCUCCUGAAAAAAUCGCAUCUGCUUUUUUUCCUCUUGUUUGUUUGUUUCACGACAGCGGAUUGUCCGAAAAGCUGGUACAGCAACUUUUCCCUGUAUAUUCCCCUCCCCACCAGAAUAUGUCGUUGACCAACACAAAGACGGGCUUUUCUGUAAAGGACAUUUUGGACCUUCCUGACACGAAUGAUGAAGAGGGAUCUAUCACCGGAGCGGAGGAAGACACGGAGGGAUCGGAGACCACGUCCACGACGAAAACCACUGGAGUUUUGGUGCCAAGUCCUCUAGAAAAUGUUCAAAAUCUGCCUUUAAAGAACCCCUUUUAUGACAGUAGUGACAAUCCUUACACACGAUGGCUUGCUACGACGGACAGCAUCCAGUAUUCAUUGUUUCUCCCGUUUCUUGCUGCAGUGCACGGGCUGUCCGCCAGCUCUCAGGACUCGGCCAAGUCCCCGGAGCCGUCCGCGGACGACGAGUCGCCGGACAACGACAAGGAAACCUCCAGCAGCGGCGGCAGCGACUCCGGCAAGAAGCGGAAAAGAAGGGUGUUGUUUUCAAAGGCGCAAACCUACGAGUUGGAGCGCCGCUUCAGGCAGCAGAGGUACCUGUCCGCCCCCGAGAGAGAGCACCUAGCCAGCCUGAUCCGCCUCACCCCGACCCAGGUGAAGAUCUGGUUCCAGAACCACCGGUAUAAGAUGAAGAGAGCCCGGGCCGAGAAAGGACUUGAAUUGUCUUGCAUAAAACCCACCGUCCGUUGCAGUCAGGUGGGCUGGAUGCGAGGCUGCGCCAACAAUCAGGUUCCCAGAGUUGAGUGUUUAUGCCUUUCACUUAAUGGAUUGUCUCACCUUCUUCAGAGGAUGAACACGAGGUGCUUGAGAUGCCAGCACUGCAAAUACAUCCUGGGGCUCUGAGCCCGAUAACAAGCAGCCGUCAUCUGUUUCAGACGUGCUUCAAUCAGCGUGAUAAUCAAAAAGCAGCAAUGAGGCAGUUUUACCAAUUCAAAUUGUAUAGUUAAUUCCAAGUUUAAAGAGGAUCCAAAGUACAUGCGGCAAAUUGUGACUGUUAUGUGUUUGUGCACUUGUACUCUGUGGUGAAUUUAUAUUAUGUUUCAGUAUGAAAAAAAAGUUUAUAUUUCCACUUGAAGUCUUUGUUCAAUGGGCACAGCCUUUCAACAAGAAUAGCUGACUUCAGUGUGACAUCUUUCCCAUUCAGUCUCUGUAGUCUUUGUGAUGUUUGAGAUGGAGACAAUAUCAGCCGCAGAUUCCACGCGCUCAUCGUGUUUUCAUCCACACAAAGAAAACAGAGUCCUAUGAACGAUUAGAAGAGGAUAAUUGCUUGGAAAAAUAAAGAAAAUGUCUAUAUCUAUGUAGUCUGAAAGUUUAAAGAGAAAUACACCAUCUCUCUAAUGAAAUAUAUAUAAAGACUCUUAGACUUCUUUCUAAAGCUGAUAUUUCCUCAUAUGAUGGCUCUUGUAUUUAUUCAUUGUGUACCACCUUAUAAUAAAAUCAUUUUUGCUAACCACAAACAAGAUUUCUGACAUGUCAGCCGUCACUCGACCUCCAGGUCCCACAACUCAUCUUCACAGCAUUUUCUUCUGACCUUGCAAUUUAAAUCCUACACAGUGAUCAAACAGAAACUGUAGUGUUAAUUCUUUGAACAAAGCAUAUUCUUCUAUCUGUUAUGUCUUACCAAGCUUAAAUGUGUAUUAUUCACCGUUUCCAAGUCCAUCCCUUUAGCUUCCUCAGUGUA